AUGCACAUAGAUCCUUGUUCCCACAAAGAACAUGACGAUGGACCAAAGCAUGCACGGUCUGGGGUGGCAAAACCUAUCUUCCAGCUAAGGAGUCUCGAAUAUAGACAACCACGUGUCGUAUCAAUUAAAGAAGCUCCCUUUCUUCCCCUCAUCUGUGAAAGGUGUUAUAAGAUAGAUGUUUAA